ACAAAAAAGAGAGAGAAUUGUUUCGCUCCGGACACAUUGGGGUGUUGCAUCUUCUGAAGAAGCGCCGCCGCCGCAUUCUCACGUUAAGAUUUCAGAUUUUUCUGCUGGUCCCGCUGGCGCAGAUGGCGGCUACAAAAGUUCCAGAGGUCCGUGACAUCACACGGAUUGAGCGAAUUGGGGCACAUUCUCACAUCCGUGGCCUUGGUCUGGAUGAUGCUUUGGAGCCAAGACAGGUGUCUCAGGGGAUGGUCGGCCAGCUGGCCUCCCGCCGGGCAGCAGGGGUCAUCCUGGAGAUGAUUAAAGACGGCCACAUCGCUGGCAGGGCCGUCCUGAUCGCCGGCCAACCUGGCACCGGGAAAACUGCCAUUGCUAUGGGCAUAGCUCAGUCUCUUGGGCCCGACACGCCCUUCACAGCUCUGGCUGGGAGUGAGAUCUUCUCUCUGGAAAUGAGCAAGACUGAGGCGCUGAGCCAAGCUUUUAGAAAAGCCAUCGGAGUGAGAAUCAAGGAGGAAACAGAGAUCAUUGAAGGAGAGGUGGUGGAGAUCCAGAUUGAUAGACCUGCCACUGGAACGGGUGCAAAGGUGGGCAAGCUGACCCUGAAGACCACUGAGAUGGAGACUAUAUAUGAUUUGGGCAACAAGAUGAUUGACAGUCUGAGCAAAGAGAAGGUUCAAGCCGGAGACGUGAUCACUAUCGACAAAGCCACCGGUAAGAUCACCAAGCUGGGUCGCUCUUUCACUAGAGCCAGAGACUACGACGCUAUGGGAGCUCAGACAAAGUUCGUCCAGUGUCCGGAGGGGGAGCUGCAGAAGAGGAAGGAGGUGGUCCACACCGUGUCGCUCCACGAGAUCGAUGUCAUCAACAGCCGCACACAAGGCUUCCUGGCUCUCUUCUCUGGAGACACCGGAGAGAUCAAGUCUGAAGUCCGAGAACAGAUUAACGCCAAAGUGUGCGAGUGGAGGGAGGAGGGAAAGGCAGAGAUUAUUCCUGGAGUGUUGUUUAUCGAUGAGGUCCACAUGCUGGACAUGGAGUGUUUCUCUUUCCUGAACCGUGCCCUGGAGAGCGACCUGUCCCCUGUUCUCAUCAUGGCGACCAACAGAGGCAUCACUCGGAUCCGUGGAACAAACUACCAGAGCCCUCAUGGGAUCCCCAUCGACCUGCUGGACCGUUUGCUGAUCAUCGCCACGUCUCCUUACACAGAGAAAGAGACGAGGCAGAUCCUAAAGAUCCGGUGCGAAGAGGAAGACGUGGAGCUGAGCGAGGAGGCGCACACGGUCCUCACUCGGAUCGGCAUGGAGACGUCGCUGCGCUACGCCAUCCAGCUGAUCAGCACGGCGGGGCUGGUGUGUCGUAAACGCAAGGGGACGGAGGUUCAGGUGGAGGACAUUAAAAGGGUUUACUCGCUGUUCCUGGAUGAGGCCCGCUCCUCCCAGUACAUGAAGGAAUAUCAGGAUUCCUUCCUGUUCAACGAAGCACAAUCGGCCUCCAUGGACACAUCGUAAAGCAGACCCACUCGCCCAGCUGUGAUUUUUUUAUUUUUAUGUUUUUUGUCUGAGCUUGUCUUUCGGAGUAAAAAGUCUGUUCAUCUGCGGUUUGUCGGUUGGAAUUUACUGUAGAGCUUCAGUGAAAUAUUCCAGCUGCUUUGAAUCGAAUUGAUGGAAACAUUCAGCGCUGAAAUUCGGCCUUAUUUUGAACGACCUGAAUACCACAAUGUGUCUCUUUAAUGCCUUCUGCCCCAAGCAUCCUUUCAUUGUGUUUCCCAGACUCUCCUUAGAUGUUUGUUUUAUUUCACAAACAAAAUAAAAACAAGUUUUGUAAUCA